AUGGCCUGGACUUGUCUGGUAGGCAAAGCACACUGCAGCCGCUACGGGCUCUCGGCUGCAAGCAAAGCGAGACUCAUCUCCGACUCAUCCCUCUCUCGCUGCCACCAUGACUUCUUCUCCACCCACAGCGGCCGCCCAGGCGCAACUGCGAAGGCGGUGACGCCGCCUCCUGCCCGCAACCUGUUUUCGCCCUCGGCGGCUCAUGCGAGGAAGCUCGCUCUAGACCGGGAUGUCAUCGUGUCCGUGCUCGAAUCCUCGGCCACGCGUCGCGAUGCCAAGGGCUACUUGCAAAAGUAUGCCUCCAAGAAGGAGGCCGCCACGCCCACAUCAAAGCCAGACUCGCCCCAGUUUUUCCAGGGACUCCAGCCCUCGCCGCAGCAGCCCGAAGGUCUGAGCUCUGGACAGGGCACGGAGCAGCUGGGCGUCGACGAAGAGCUCACCAAAGUGGCCAUUGUCAAGUUGCGCGAGCCUCAGCAGCUGCCCGACGAUACACUUGCAGGUAUAGCCAAAACUCUCUCACAACUCCGCGCCCUGGGCCUGUUGGCAAUCGUCAUCGUCGACUGCGGCAUCCGUCAGUGCCGCAAGACCUUUGAGCAUGAGGCGUUGCGCCUAUGUGAGGCCAUCGACUCGAGCUUCGGCCAGCCUGUAGCUCGGUUCGCCGACGGAGUGUUCAUCAGGCAGCCUCGAAAUGGCCCUCCAAAGGACACUUACCUGCCGUCGCCCAUCUUUUCGGGCAGCGUCCGUGUCGAUGAUCAGGGCAUGCUCAGCCGAGCGUUGCGCCGCAACAAGAUUGUCGUCCUGCCCUCGGUUGCACGCCCCGACGACCUCUCCUCACCGCGCCCGACAAACGCCCACGACACGCUGUUGGCGCUGGCCAAAUACCUUAUCGGGAUGCAAUUCGCCCCCAGCGAGGGCCUUUCAAACGAAGGCCACGGAUCGCGUCCAAGCAGGACCGCAUCAGUAGAACGCGUGAUACUCCUGGAUCCGCUUGGGGGCAUUCCCAUGCUCGGAAAAGCAAACGUCGCACACCGGUUCAUCAACCUUGAGCAAGAAUACACUACACUCAUGGGUCAACUGAAUGACGCUCACGGCUCUUCCACGGGCCCUGGGGAACAGGCAAUGUCGCUGAAGCUUUCCCAUGCUGAGAAUCUUACCCUGGCCAAGGAUGCACUCUCUCUGCUGCCGUCGUCGUCCUCUGCUCUCAUCACCACGCCGCUUGCUGCCGCAAAUAAGAAGCAGCCCUCGGACUCCACGUCUCUACAGCUGGACGACAUGGUGGCGACGAGGAAUCGGCGAAACCCGCUGCUACACAACCUCCUCACGGACAGGCCGGCCUUCUCGCCGUCCCUGCCGCUGCAGAGGAUCAAGGACGAAUCCCACGGUGGACUCCGCACCGUGGAUGUGAGCGCUGCAACGCUGGUCAAGCGCGGCAUGCCUGUGACUAUCUUGCCUGAACCACGAGACAGGCCAUGGAGGCCACCGGAGCCCGGCUCCCCGCGUCUACGACUAACGGACACAAGCGUUGAUUUGCCCCGGCUGGUACAUCUCAUUGAGGAUUCCUUUGGUCGCAAGCUUGAUGUCCAGGACUAUCUCAACCGCGUCAACGAGAACCUGGCAGGCAUCAUUAUUGCGGGAGAGUACGAAGGCGGGGCUAUUUUGACGUGGGAGCAGCCAGACGGGCUGAGCGAGCAGCAAGCUUUUGAGCAAGGGCGCUUUGUCCCUUACCUGGACAAGUUUGCCGUGCUCAAGAGCCGCCAAGGGAGCGCCGGUGUGGCUGACAUUGUCUUCAACGCAAUGGUGCAGGACUGCUUCCCCGAGGGCGUGUGUUGGAGAAGCCGCAAGAACAAUCCGGUCAACAAGUGGUACUCUGAACGAUCUGCAGGGGUUCUGCAGCUUCCCGACUCCAACUGGACCAUGUUCUGGACGACGGCAGGGUUGAGUGUCGAGCAUCCGAUGUUUCAGGACUACAAGGCGGUAUGCCGCGCAGUGCAGCCAUCGUGGGCCGACGACAAGCACAUUUUAGACUAG